AUACAUUGUUAAAUCACGUUAUUAUUAUUGAGAAUACAUUAAAUUAAUUUAUUAUUAAGUUAUGGUUGUUCAAUUGGAAUUAGAUUUACCAUUGGAAAUGCCUUUUGGUACAAAAACUCAGUUUGAGGUUAACCAAUGUGUUGUUGUGAAAAACCACAUGAAAGAAUUAAAGCGAAAUGUUAUUGAAAAUGUAAGUGUUGAUGAGACUUCUCAAUCAUUGCGACAACGUAUCAAAAGGAAGAAACGAAGUCGUGACAACAGUACAGAGUCGGAAAAUAAAUCAACUACAAGUGGGAACAGUGACGAAAACUUAAAAAAAUACCCUGAUAAUAAUUCUGUGGUAUGUCCAAGUGAUAUUGAAGAAUUAAGGUCUAUUUAUAAUAAGUGUAGAACGAUAGUGGAAAAAAUAGAAAAGAAAUACGGUCAUUUACUCAAUAUUCCAGGAUCAUCAUCGAAUCAAUUCAGUAAUCAAAAUGAAUCAAUAGAAGACGAAGAGAUUGAUAUUGAAGACAAGUGCACAUGUACGAAAAGACGGAAAAUAAUCUAUGACGACGAUGGUAUAGAAAUCAGUAAGGAAACAGACCUGGAUACACAUAUAUGCCCAAGCAAAUUAAAGAGCCAUUCUAAUAAACAUACUGUGGAAAAUGUCUUGAUUGAAUAUGAAGCGGACCACAGUCGACCAACCUUGCCUGAUGACAUACCAAGUCUGUCAGCGAUGUUACAUGAUCCCCACUUAGAAAUAACAUGCCGUAACCAAAUUGUCCAGAAAAUGAAAUUAAUGAAACAGGAGUAUGCAAAUGAGAUUCGUUUUAAUAAACCAGCAUUGAUAGAACUAUUGAAAACUGAACCUGAUGAAGUAUUUGAAUUUAAGGGUACUAAUUUAAUAACAUUGAAAGGAUAUUCAUAAUAAAU